CUUUGAAGCAAGAAACCGCACACCGAAGCCCAAAUCUUGUUUCGAUUUGCGAUCAAUGGAAGGGUUUCAGAAAGCAAUAAGAAGUGGUAUCACGAACACGACGCAGCCUUCGGCUACCAAUCUUCCAUCUUCUUCCUAUAACACCGGCACAAGCUCGUAUUCUGCUUCCCCUUCCGACCCAUCUGCUGUCUUGUUCAUCAGACCCCCCAGGCGAGCAGUAUCAGUGUUGACUUGCUCCAAGCUUUGUGCCGUUUGCUUUGCUGCCGGGAUUAUUGUCGGCUUCACCCUGAAGCGACGCGUCCGUCGAUGGGCUGCUAGACUCCUCAGGAGAAUCAAGGAUGACUGACGAUUGAUUUCUUACUUUUUGAUGUGAGUUUCAACUUUCAAUCCACAUCAUAAUUUAGAAAUUUCAAUCUUUCUUUGGCUCAGCUGCUAGAAACUAACAUAUAUCUACUAGGUUUCUCUUAAUACCAUUUAUCAGAUGCUAGUGUUUAAUGUUGUUAUUCAUGAAUCAUCAAAAAGAUCUAUUCUUUAAUUUGAAACUAUUGGAUUUCUGAUUUUCUGUUUA